ACACUCAAUCCUUCUCAUUAUCCCCCUCAUUUCAGUAUACACUCUAAUAUACUCCUUUACCAUGAGUUAUUAUCCCGAUAUGUCAGCAGCCUUAGAUGAGUAUGAUGAUUGUGAGGCCGACGCUCACUGUAUGAGAAUGGGUGUUAUGGCGACACUUAUUUCUUCAAGCUCCGGUGGUCAUCGUGAGUACAUUGACCGAGGCAGGGAAGAUGGCCACCAACGUUUGAUGGAUGGCUAUUGGAGUCCAAAUCCAACUUAUAACGCCCCCAUAUUCCGGCGUCAUUUUCGUAUGCAAAUGCCUUUGUUUGAUCGAAUAAUGAAUGAUGUAGUGCGAGCCGAUCCUUUCUUUGCACCAAAAAAAGAUGCAUUGAAUAAGGUAUCACUUUCUCCUCACCAAAAAAUUACUAGUGCCAUAUUCAUGCUAGCAAAUGGGUGCUCUGCUGAUUCAUUGGAUUAGUUGUGCCGUCUAGGGGAGAGCACGACUUUGUCGUGUUUGAAGAAAUUUUGUAAGGCAAUUAUUGGAACAUAUGGUUCUUGGUACUUGCGAACACCAAACCCCAAUGACCUUCGUCGUCUUCUUGAGAAGGCUACAAAAAGAGGUUUUCCCGGCAUGAUUGGUUCCAUCGACUGCAUGCACUGGGAAUGGAGGAAUUGUCCUACAGCAUGGGCAGGACAGUUCACUGGGCACAAACACAAACCAACUAUUGUGCUUGAGAGUUGAGGCCGUAGCUUCAUACGACACAUGGAUAUGGCAUGCAUUCUUCGGCACGGCGGGUUCCAACAAUGACCUUAAUGUACUUGCAUGCUCUCCAGUUUUUGAUGCUGUUGUUAAUGGAUGUACUCCUCAGGUAAAUUACAUGGUCAACAAUAACGUCUAUAAUCAAUGUUAUUAUUUAGCUGACGGAAUCUGUCCCACAUGGGCUACUUUUGUUAAAACAAUUAGUAACCCUGACACCCCCAAAAAACGCCUCUUUACUGCUAAGUAAGAGGCCUAUCGCAAAGAUGUGGAAAGAGCGUUUGGCAUUUUACAAACGCGAUGGGCUAUCGUACAAGGACCCGGCCGAAUGUAUCAAACACAAACAUUACGUGAUAUAAUGUUGACAUGCAUUAUUUUACACAACAUGAUUGUAGAAGAUGAGUAUGAAGAAACUGAUGAUGAUGAUGCAACUACUCAAGACUAUAGUGCACAAUAUGACUAUAUUGUUCCACACAUUCAGUUUGAUCUGAAUCACGAUGCCCCGACUUUGCACGACUACAUGAUGCGGCAUAACCGCAUCAGGAGCACUGCGGUGCACACUGCUCUUAAAAAUGAUCUCGUGAAUCAUUUGUGGGGCCAUCACGGGAAUGCCGUGUAAUGGGUUACUUUUAUGUUGUUUAUGUUUUUCAAUCGUUUCAGUUGAAUAAUGCUACUACUGUUUUUUUUUGGAUGAAUAAUGCUACUACUGUUAGUGGCUUUUUCUAUUUUUGCAAUGCAUUAGGAUUUCUUCCUCUUUUUUUAAUUAUCGUAUUGAAUAUUAUGUGUGUUUCUAAUAA